GAGAGCGGGUAUUUCCCGAUCAGCGACCGACCCAAGUCUCCAAGCUCGAUACACAGCAGCGAUUCCAUGUCAAUACACUCGUCUCAGCCAUCCGCCAUGGUGGUGUCCUUGACCGCACUGCAAUAUCUUCCAGUGCCCCUUCUGGUUCUCUCUUCAAAUAAAACUGUGGUGAUUGCGAACGAGGCCAUGGGGCGUCUACUUGGAAUCGACUUCGAGAGCACCGCUUACCAUGACUUUUCGAUAUCUGAGGUCCUACAGGACAAAACCAUAGGAGAGCUUGGAAUUGAUAUUCUACAGAACGGUUCACCGCUGUUAGUGUCAUGGGAGGAUUUUCUAGAUUGUGUCAUCGACGACGCCCAGACAAAUAGUACGGAUGAAGAAGACGACCAACUGGGGGGCAGUAGUGCUACACCUAUUGCCCACUCGACGAACGACCGGACAACCUCUCCAACAAACCCUCCGUUGCCUCCUUUGAGCAGCACGAACCUAGCGCGGACUACUGUGCAUGAUGUCUCGGUGGAGGUGGUUGUAUCGCCACUUUCGCGUGGCCCUAGCGGAGUUGUGGAGAAGAAAGACAAGAAACACUCGCAACAUGGUGCCUUCCAAGCCACUUGUAUUAUCUCAAUAUGGAGAAUAGAGGACACUCAGUACUUCACAUUGACCUUCACCAGCGCCACAUCUACGCAAUCAGUGGCCACUGCGCGCCCCUCGAGUCGAGUGGUCAAUCGCACCCAUACAGGGCCUCAUCUGAAUAAGUCGCGUAGGUCUGGAUCGAGCUCAUCUUCUGGUCGCCGUUCAGGAAGCAGCUCAACCAACGUAUCGAAAACGGUCACACCUACGAUGCAACAGCCAAGUUUCCCGCCUCGCGGCCCACCUCUGUUGGCUGGGUUGGACACCUCCACGACCUCGAUUUUCCAGAAGGCCACGCAGCUGAAGGAUGCCCUACUCAACUCAAUCAAUAUGCCAGCAUACGCCAUGUGGAAAGACGAGGGGUUCGGUAUACCAAAUAAUGCGCUUCUACGACUCCUACCCAAGGAUGCAACCUACGCUCCAGGCGAUCAGCGGGCGUUCUUAGCUCUUUUCAAAGUUUGGACUGAGGAUUUCCAGCGACCACUUGACAUCGACGAGUUCCCAAUUGUGCAGGUGUGUAGGACACAGCAGCGUGUGGAGAAGGUGCGACUUGGUAUGCGACAGCCAGGUACCGGCAGGGGCAUCGUAUUUGAGGUCAUUGGAGAACCAGUCGUGCAUCCGGAAACCAGUGAUUUCUUGGGUGGCAUCGUGAUCUUCAAGGACGUUACAGAGUACACCAAAGCAAUAGCAGCGCGCGUCGAAGAGAACGAGAAACAGUUCGAGUACAUCGCCAACUUCAUGCCGGUCAUGGUCUGGACAACAACCCCUGACGGUCUCCAUGACUGGUUUUCGCAACGUUGGUACGACUAUACAGGUCUUACCGAAACCCAAAGUCUAGGCGAGGGCUGGAAACUGCCUUUCCAUCCUGAUGAUAUGAGUACAACUACGGACACAUGGUUCCAUUGCCUCGCCACAGGUGACGAAUACAAUACGGAAUAUCGAUGUCAGAGAUACGACGGGGAAUGGCGCUGGAUGCUUGGGCGAGCCAUACCCUUCCUUGAUGAUGCUGGGAAGAUCGUUAGGUGGUUCGGUACCUGUACCGACAUUCAUGACCUAGUCAUGGCUCGUCAAGAAGCAAGACAAACGCGUGAACAACUUCAGAAGGUCAUCGAACAUGCCAAAAUUAUGCUGUGGGCUGUUGAUCGACAAAACAAGGUGGUUUUGAUGGAAGGCGACAGGGUUCCAGAUAAGGAUAGGAAGGACAUCCUCGGCAAAGACAUGUUUGAUCAGUUCGCCAUGAACGCUCCAGAUCGAGAGCGCUGGAGACAGCCAAUCCAAGAGAUUCUCAAUGGCAAAGCGCAGGAUGAGAUGGUGGAACGAUACAUAUCCUCAGAACGCUACUACCGAACACGUCUUGUGCCACGGUGGAACUCAACAAGAACGGGUGGCGUUGAAGGCGAGGCAUUCAUCGAUGGAGUCAUCGGUGUUUCGAUGGAUAUAACGGAACUGCGUGAAAGAGAGGAUCAACUGAAAGAGCAGGAAAAGGAGAACUCCAGACUCUUGGCUAAUGCUGCGGCUGCUAGGGAGGCGAGUAGGAUGAAGAGCCAGUUUCUGGCCAAUAUGUCGCAUGAAAUCCGGACACCGAUCGCUGGAGUAAUAGGCAUGAGCGAGCUUCUUUUCGACAUGGAUCUCAACGAGGAGCAGAAAGAGUGCGCAGAAAACAUCCAUCGGUCAGCUAACAGUCUUCUGACUGUCAUCAAUGACAUCCUUGAUUUCUCGAAGGUCGAAAGUGGCCGACUCGAUGUUGAAGAAGUACAAUUUAGUCUCAGCGUGGUUCUUCGAGACGUCAACAAGAUGAUGUCCUUCGCGGCACAACGGAAAGGAUUGGUGUAUCACAGCUUCAUUGAGCCCGAAGUGGAACAAGAUUUGAGAGUCAUUGGUGACCCUGGACGACUUCGUCAGAUUUUGACGAACUUGUUGACGAACAGUAUCAAGUUUACAUCGGACGGAUCCGUUAAGCUCAACGUCGCAAUCACCUCAAGAUCGAAAGAUUCGGCCACGGUAAACUUCGUAGUACAAGAUACCGGCAUCGGCAUCGAAGAGGAGGUUCGCAAGCACCUGUUCCAGCCUUUCAGUCAAGCGGAUUCUUCCACGGCUCGCCGCUUUGGUGGAACUGGUCUGGGGUUGACGAUCAGUAAGAACCUUGUGGAGCUUAUGAAGGGUCAGAUUUGGCUGGAUUCGAAGUUGGGUCAGGGCACCACAGCUACGUUCUGGAUUCCUUUUGCAAGAGCCUCCUAUUCCAACGACGACUCGCCGUUGGUUGAUCUUGCGUCGAUCCCUGAUAGACUACAGAGUGAUAUGUCGGUGUCUGUUGGGAGCUCUGAUGAUCACACCCCGCCGUUAGCACCCAGAGACUCGGUAAACGGGCAUUCGAGAAUGCAAUCGUUCCCGAUCGGAGGCAAGCUGUCGGAUCAUCUUACCAGUAUACCGGAAUCCGAAAGGAAGAACACCCAUGUUUUGGUUGUAGAAGACAACCAUAUUAACCAGCAGAUUGCGCUGAAGACAAUCAAAAAGCUGAACUUCUCAGUGAAUGCGGUCUGGAACGGACAGGAGGUCUUGAACUAUCUGGCAAAGGAUUUCACUCCUUCUCAUCCACGUCCCGAUAUCAUCUUGAUGGAUGUUCAAAUGCCUAUCAGAGAUGGUUACUCUGCCACACAUGCUAUCAGAACUGAAUCACCUUGGAGGGACAAACCGGAGAUUCGAGGCGUUCCUAUCGUCGCAAUGACAGCCAGCGCCAUCCAAGGAGACAAAGAAAAGUGCACGCUGGCAGGAAUGGAUGACUACUUGGCCAAACCAGUCAAAGGCAAACUCCUUGAAAAGAUGCUUGUCAAGUGGGCGAUCGAGGGACGGCGAAAAACGGCCAAAGCAAAGCCAUCCGUAAACGCACCUGAUCGACAUGGGAACUUAUCCACUUUGGCCUCCUCGGCCAUGGAUAGCGUUAGCGCAAAAGAUCGUUCGCAAACCGCAAGCCAACCGGACCGACCUGAAACAACGGCUUCAGCACCGACCACUCAACUAGACCGGCUGCAUUAUCAAAGCGAUGCAGCGCUCGCAAGGACAUCGGAGAAUGAAGCGGAGAGGGCUUUGAGGCGAAUCCAAGCUGAGGAGAGAGAUACGAAGCUGCGCGACGACAAAUUGCUAUCACUCACGGGACCGCAGCUUCACUGCCAUGGCACCGCUCAGGGGCGGGAGAAUGAGUCUACUAUGCCGCUUACAGAGGAGAACAUGGAGAGAUUCACCCAUGUCCAAGAUGGCGGUGCCAUCCCACGCAGGCCAACAGAGUCUCCAGAAGCCGGAUCAGAUGUUGUCAACCAGCCGCAUAGCCGGACGCAAAGCAGAGCAGAGCACCUUGCGCCUCGACUGUCACUCUCAGAGUCAUCUGCGCCAAGCCAGCAAACAAUCACUCCCAAGGCUCUGUCUCCAAAAUGACCACGCCUCACCCUAGUUUGGAUCGAGGAGGCCGUGGAGGGUUUCGUUGAAACCCACUGCCUUCAGGACACCUUGAAGGUUGGCUGAGUGCGCUUGCGUACUUCGAAGUGCUCCAAGAAACUUCUGGAGUCAUGUUGAGGGGAACUUGAAGUACAGCACGACAAGGAAGCAUGAAUAGUCCUGCUCUGUUUGGAAGCAUGCGUCUCUUUGCAUUCUGCCGACGCCCGCUGCACCCCGAAGCCGGCGCAAGCACAAGAUCGAAUAAAAACC